CACCCGCCACCGGAAGCGUCCACUGAAGCGAGGCGGCUCCUCGUGAACAGUCGCAAAAGGCUAGUUUUUAGAGUGGCCCUUGCUUCAGUUUUCGGAACCCGCCGAGUCAGGGCCUGUACCCUCACUACAGUAUGGCUACAGCGGCUGAAGACGAUGACCUGGACUUUGUUCCUGUGGUGCCCGGCCAGCAAGAUCACGACCAGAGGUGUGUUACUUUGAAGGAUGUGUUUGUGUACCUCUCCCAUGAAGAAUGGAAGCUACUUGAUGAGGAUCAGAAAUGUCUGUACUAUGAUGUGAUGCUAAAUAUCUUUCUGUAUGUGCUUUCAUUGAGACUUCCAAUUAGCAGGUCCUGUUUGCUUACUCAGCCAGAGCCAGAGAGCCAGCCCAGGCAGCCAGACAGCGCAGAUGUAGCUCCGGUUAAUGCAAAGACAACCAAGAGAAGGUCUGGCCCUGGUUAUUGGUAUACAGAGAUGGAUGAAGAUGCGCAUUCUGAAGAAGGUGUUUUGGAGAGAAUAUCUCAGGUGAGAAGUCCUGAGGCAGGCCCUAGCACCCAAGAGACCCAGUCCUGUGACAUCUGUGAGCAGAUUGUAACGGGAAUUCUGCACCUGGCAGAACAGGGAACAACCAGUGGGCUGCAGCCAUAUAUAUGUACGUCAUGUGGGAGAGACUUAUGGUUCAAUUUGCAGCAGUGUGGAGAGAAAUUCUCCAGAGGAGGAAAGGGCCAGUCCUCAUUUGUGAAUAGCCUUGCAUACCUUGUUUCAGAGAAGGCCUUCACUUCCAGGGAGGAUGGGCAGGACUUCUUGGCCAGCUCUGAACUUGUCCAGCACCAGGCCACCCACAAUGAGGAAAAUCCACACAGGAGCACUGCAUGUGUAGAGGCCCAGCAGACUGGACAAGGUCAAAGGUGCAGUGAAUGUGGGGAAGUUUUCAGACACAAAGACCAACUUAUUCAGCACCAGAUAAGCCACACAAGAGAACAACCUUAUGAGUGCAUUGAAUGUGGAAAAUCCUUUAGCCGAAGCCAGUACCUUACACUGCACCAGAAAAUUCACAGAAGAUCAAUGAUACAUAAAAGCCUCCUCCCUGAAAGGUCCCGUGAGAGGACAACUCCGGGGUGGGGCUCCUUGCUGCUCCAUUGCCACAACAGGACCCAAGUCAAGCCCUCGCCAUUUCAGGAGCACCAUGUGCAAGCCCCAUGUGGUCAUCUCACUCAUGCCACAGCCUGUGACACUGGUGGAGAUGAUGGGCUGGAGGGACCCUCACUUGACCUCCUGUUUGGUUUCCCCAAAUCUCUCCUGAAUGGACGGGGAGACUUGCACCACAAGAGAACUCGAGUAGAACUAAAAGAAAUUAAAGAGAGAAGGGCUAACAUGUCCCAAGAGGUGACUGACUCAGAGGAAUUACAAGAAAUUAACAAGCGUAGAGCUAACAAAUCCCAGCAGGUGACUGACUCAGAGCAGGUUAAAUGUGGCUUGUCUGCCUUUCCCUGCCUCCACUUCAGAAACAGACACCAUGGUUACGUCAUGUUCCUGGGAACUCUCGCUGUGGAAGGACUGGGCUCAAAUGAGGCUUUGGGGAGACCCAGGCUACGAAAGCCCCCCACCGCACCCCACCCAGUGCUCGGGAAUCAAGCACACUGA